AUGUCUCUAACCAAGAGCUUCGUCUUUUUUCUUACCCUCAACAUCGUUGCCGUCUUUUCGGCACCAUUCAGACGAAAUUCGUACAAUUUGGUUGAGCCGUUGGCGAAUGGUGAUGUAUUGUUCGAACUGGGAAACCUCACGUAUCUCGCGAACUUGAGACAUCCGAAAGCCUCGGCCACGGGAGACUGUAGCAAUGCUGCCAAAGCCUCUAAAGGAGGCAAAUUGCCCAUAACCGUAAUUAGGACUGAUGCUUCUCUCAUUACCCAGGACAUCCUCCAAAGCAUUGUGACAAGCUAUCUCGAAGCCGAUGACGUCUUCAAGGAAGACUUCCUUGAGACUAUCUACAUCGCGGCAAGUGCGGCGGAUGUUACUCUGGAUUCCUCGGCCAUGACUUAUCUAGAGUCCUCUGAAGUCAGCUCUGUCUUUCUCAGUGGGAACUUUCGGCCCAGCGAUGUCGAGGGCUCUUCGACCGUGACUGUUCUUCAAGGCUCCAUCCCUCCAUCCGGUCCAUAUUUGGCGGCGAUCGACGAGGACUCAAUCUCCCUUGGGACUGUGUACCGGCUUUACCCCGAUUCCUACAGAAACUUCUUGUUCGGGACUUAUGACUCGAACGAUGACAACGGCAGUUAUACUGCUCUUCCUACCUCUCUUCCGAGAUAUUGGGAUCCCAUGAUUCCGGUUCCUUCACGAAUCUACAGUUGGGGAGAUGAUAGACCACUGGCUGGAGAACGUGUUGCGAUCAAGGAUCUCUUUGAUAUUAAAGGGCUGCUGACUUCGGGUGGGAGCCAGGCUUGGGCAUACAUCACGCCCAUAUCCGACGGCACCGCCCCUUCGAUUCAGAAGAUCAUCGACCUUGGAGGUGUCCUGGUGGGAAAGUACAAACUCGCGCAAUUCGCUUCGGGUGCGAAUCCAUGGGAUUGGCAGGACGAACAUUAUCCGUUUAAUCCUCGAGGCGAUGGUUGGUUGACGUGUUCAGCCUCUUCCUCUGGUGGCGGGUGUUCCAUCGCGGCCUAUGACUGGCUUGACUACGCCAUUGGAUCAGAUACGGGCUCUUCAAUGCGAAGGCCAGCUGCGGUAGCUGGCGUAUAUGGUCAACGGCCUAGUCAAGGAUUGAUGACGCUGGAGCGUGUCAUGCCUCUGGGGGGUGCUACAGACACAGCAGGAGUGUUCUCGCGCGACCCGUAUAAGUGGAUUAAAUUUUCAAAGGCUUGGUACACACCAGAUACUUAUCAGACCCCGGAUAUCACGGGGCUCUCACCUCUUUCGGUCCCGGACACGGACGCUUUCCCCAAGCGAAUUCUGUACCCUGUGGAGUAUCUUCCCCUGAACAAUUCGGCCGCGGAAGUUGUGCUGCAGGAAUUCAUCGGUAGCGUGACGUCCAUAUUUGGAAUGACGGUCGAGAAGUUCAACUUUACGGCCACGGUCCAAAAUGCUACCAAUCCUCAAGUCAAUAAUUUGACCUAUCUCACUUCAGGGCCCUUGGGCGUGAUCAACUCAUACACCCAGUGGGAAGAAGUGGCGAAGCCGCUAAUCACCCGAUGGGCUGAUCUAUUCGAUGGUCGUUUUCCACCGAUCGACCCUGCCCGUCGUCCAGGGUGGCGAAGAUAUAAUGAAAGUGAGAACACGGCCGCCGAUUAUCAAACCGCCCUGGACGAAAAGAAUGCGGCCGUGGAAUGGUACGAAGAAAAUCUUCAGUUCAGUACGCCGGAGUCAUGUUCUGAGUCGGUCAUGCUCUAUGACAUCGGCACAGGGGGUUUGCCUUCUUUCCGCGAGGAGAGUCUCAACGAGUCGCCUGAUGCAUCGUACUUGGCUGUAACGCCGCCGACGGCCAAAAUCACCGGAGCCAGCAUCUGUCCAAUAUACGGCUGUGCAGAUUUCACGAUUCCUAUCGGCCAGGUACCAUAUUUCAGCAACGUGACUUUUCAUGAAGAGAUGGUUCCGGUCACCAUCAACAUGGUGGUGAAGCGCGGGUGUGAUUUUGUUCUCUUGAACAUGAUUGAGAAGUUGGCAGAUGCAGGAGUACUGAAGACCGUCAAAACUGGCCGCACAGCAUUCUGA